CACGUCACCGAACAAUGCGGAGAGUUGUUUCUAGAUUGGCGUUGUUUUUUGUGUUUGUUCUGGAGGUCGUAUCAGUAACUUACGUCUCCAGUGCUGUAGCCGAUAAUCGCUCAAACAUAAUCCUCAUUCUGACAGAUGACCAAGACAUUACACUACAGUCAAUGAGAGCCAUGCCAAAGACUGCCAAGCUGUUCGCCAAGCGUGGUGCUCAGUUUUUGAACGCUUUUGUUACGAGUCCUCUCUGUUGCCCGUCACGUGCCUCUAUAUUGACUGGACAAUACGCUCACAAUCAUAAUGUGUCUUCUAAUUUGGAUGGAGACUGCUACACUCAAUCAUGGAUUAGGGGACCCGAGAGGCAGACUGUGGGCAAACAUCUCAAAGAUGCUGGAUAUAGAACAGCAUACUUUGGCAAGUACAUGAAUAAUUAUCGUGGAGAUGUGAUACCUCCUGGAUGGGAUACAUGGAUGGUGUUGCAAGGAAAUUCAAAAUAUUAUAAUUAUACUGUUGUGAGGUACAAUUCUCAUCGAGAUUCUACUUACCUGGAGCGUCAUGGUGAUAAUGAGCAGGAUUACCUGCCAACGUUAAUGACUGAGAGAGCUAUCAGACACAUGCAAAUUGUUAUGACUGCAAAACAGAGAAAACCACUAUUUAUGAUUUUGAGCUACCCUUCUCCACAUGGAUCAGAGGAUGCAGCUUUCAAAUAUCGGGACAAGUAUAUGAAUGCAAAGAUUCCAAGGGCUCCCAACUUCAACAAUGGUUCAUAUGGUAAACACUGGUUUAUGACUUACAAUCAACUGCUGACAGAGACUGAAAUUUCCUUUGCUGAUCUAUUGUAUCGAAAACGAUUACAGACAAUGCGUUCAGUUGAUGAUGCGAUCUAUGAACUUUUCUUACGGUUGUGGUUGAUGAAUGCUCUAGAUAAUACAUACGUUUUUCUUACAUCAGACCAUGGAUAUCAUCUUGGACAGUUUGGUGUGCUUAAGGGGAAAGGCAAGCCUUAUGAAGAUGACAUUCGGGUGCCGUUUUUUGCGUAUGGUCCAAGAAUCCCAAACAAAAAGAAUAUAACUGGCAUUGUGCUGAACAUUGAUUUAACACCGACAUUCAUUGAUAUUGCUCAAAGGCCAAUUCCAGCUGUAAUGGAUGGAGAAUCUAUUUUGAAACUGCUUUCUGCUACCCAGAAUGGGACUAAGUCUCAAUGGCGGACAAGUUUCCUGCUGGAAAGGUUUAAAGGUGUUCGAAAUCAGAGCGCUGACCUGGUGUUAAAUGCAGUGGGAAUAUUGAAUAUUUCAGCUCCAGCUUUGUCUUCUAAUUCUAAGGAAGAAACACAUCGUGAGAAAGAGAGUGUUAAUGAAGUUGAACUGAAUGAUUGUCUCGAACGUUAUAAAGUGUACAAAGAAGGUCAGGAUGCUGUAAAAAAUGAACUGCGAAACGAGCUUGGCUCAACAAGGUGUCUCAACAUAUCCAAACAUCAUGACUGUAUGGUGAACGGUGUUUGGAACUGUGAAACUCCGCAGUGUCCACAGAAUUCAGUCGAACCACCAUCUGAUGACUGCAUGUACUUACUAAGGGAGACACAGUGUUAUGUACCAGAGUUAAAGUGUGUUCAUUACAACAAUGAUGUGUGGAAAAGUCCACCAUUGUACACUGGCAAGUCAUUCUGUCGCUGCUCAGGUUCAAGUAAUGAUUCAUUUUGGUGUGAGAGAAGGAUUGAAGAGAAUGAGAAUUACUUGUAUUGCAUUUUUGUGACCACAUUUGAAGAAUACUACAACGUGGAAGCAGAUCCAUAUCAGAUGAAGAACCUUGCCUAUGGUGACAAUCCUGCAUUAGGUGCUGAUCGUCAAGAAGUAUUACGACAACGGUUACAUCAUCAUGCUAACUGUAAAGGUGCAACAAGCUGCAGUAAAGCAGGAAAACCAACUGGAGGUUACAAUGGAUAAACCUAGUUGCCUAAAUUGAAGUAAUGUAGUUAGCUAAGCACACUAGAAAGUAACUCACGAUUUACACAGUGGACUGUGAACCAGCUAGAUUUGUGUUGCAAUAAACAUAUGCAAUUAAAAACACAUCCACGUACCAGACAGCUGGUUUACCUUG